CUCUAAUUCUUUGAAGGAGAGAGGUUUCAUUCAAGCUGUUUCUCUAAGGAAGUCCUUGAAACAAGGCACGCCCUUUCCUUCAUUGCUCUCAGUUAUUUGGAGUAACCAGGAAAAGCAGUAACCAAAGGAUACCAACUAGUAUACAUCUGCAUCCAUCUCUAAGACCAGUUUGGUGAAGUUUGCUACGUAUCUUUUCUCCAUUUUGACUGCCUUCUCAGACAUUGAAAAGGCCAUCCAAACCAGAUUACAUCAUUGUGGUUAAUCUGCUGCAAAUUUGCAGCCCCUCUUCUAUCUUCUCAAAACAAUUUGAAGAAGCAUUAGCUUUUUGGUUAGUACAACUGAAUGGACUUCAUUGGGCCAAUUCUUGAAGUUUUAGAGUUCGUUGGCCCCCCAAUUUGCAAAUAUCUGAAAUAUCACCGAAAACUCGAUGACUUUGUUUCUAACUUCCAAAGAUUACAAGAAGAUCUGCAUAACCGGAAGGAUGCAAUUGAAUCAAGAUUGCAUGCAGAGCUUCAUUUUGGUAAAAGAAAGAAUCCAGAAGUUACAAAAUGGCUGGAAGAUGUGGUGGAAAUAACAAAAGAUGCUCAAAGGGUUGAACAUAAAGUGAGAAAAGGGAAAUAUUUCUCGCGUGCUUGCCUAGGAAAGCUUUUGGAGGAUAAAACUCAAGAAAUGAAGUUGCUAUGGGACAAGGGAAAUUCUCUUCAGAUUUUGGUACUUGAUGAUCCCUCAAGCUCAAUUGUUCCAUUGCCAACGUCAGAAUUAGUAGGUGAGGAAGAUGUUAAGGAGAAAAUUUGGAGUUACUUGGAGGAUGAUCAGGUUAACAAGAUUGGAGUUUGUGGAAUGGGCGGCAUAGGGAAAACAACUAUCAUGAAGCACAUCCAUAAUGAACUCUUGAAAAAAGCCAAAUUUAGUAGAAUAGUUUGGGUUACUGUAUCACAAGAGUUUGAUAUUGGGAAAUUGCAGAAAAACAUUGCAAAUGGAUUGAAUGAAAAGUUGGAGGAAGAUGAUGAUAUAACUCAGCGUGCAGCAAAGCUAUUGGCAAUCUUACAGAGAUGGCGGUCUUUCGUGUUAAUUCUGGAUGAUGUGUGGACUGGAUUUUGUCUUGAAGAUGUUGGAAUUCCAGAGCCAACUGCAGAGAAUGGUUGCAAGGUAGUUUUGACAACACGACUGAAAGAGGUUGCUCGAUCGAUGGGGUGUGAGAUGAUUGAUGUGAAGCCUCUUGAAAAGGACCAAGCAUUGAAACUAUUCUUGAAUAAAGUCGGAAAUGACGUUUUGUCGCCAACUUUAGAAUCAACUUUGGAGAUGAUUGUGGAUGAAUGUGCUGGUCUUCCUUUAGCAAUUGUUACUGUUGCUGGUAGCAUGAGAAGAAUUUCUGACCCACGUUUGUGGAAGAAUGCUCUGAAUGAAUUGAUAGAACACAGCAGAACGGUGGCAGAUUAUAAAAUUCCAAAAGAUGAGAUAAUUGAAUACUGGAUUGAGGAGGGACUUAUAGAGGAAAUGCAAACCAGACAAGCAAUGAACUCAAGUGCAGUACUAGUAUGUGAUUCCAUCGAAGAGGUUACAAUCAGGUAUUGCUCAGAUCUGAAGCGUGUUUUUGGCUCAUGGUUCAACCCACUUCAGACACUUGAGAGAUUGAAUCUUGAGGAAUUAGAAAGCCUGAAAUCCGUGUUUGAUGAAGAAGCUCUUGCUUUGUUGUCAACUGCCCCUGCCACCACCAUUUUCCCUCUUGUAAGCAUUUCUAUUGGAGGGUGUCAUCAAUUGAAGGAGUUGUUCUCACCUAGGUUUUUGCUUAGCUGUCUCCAGAAUCUAGAAACUAUUGACAUUAUAGAUUGUGCGCAAAUGGAGGAGAUAAUAUCACUGGGAUCUCAAGAAGAAGAAAAGGCCCUUCAACUCUCUCUACCCAAGCUAUGGAAACUGAAAUUGGAAGAUUUGCCCGCAUUGAAGAGCAUCUGUAGCAACAUCAGUGUGUUGAGAUGUGAUUCCCUCAAGUAUUUGGCAAUUAUAAGAUGCACUGAGCUAAAGAGGAUUCCUUUGUAUCUUCCCCAACUUGACAACGGCCAACCACUCCCGCCUCCUUCUCUCCAAGAAAUCAUUGUUUUUCCAAAAGAAUGGUGGGAAUCGUUAGAGUUGGACCAUCCCAAGGAAAGGGAUGCCCUUUUACCCUUCUGCCGAUUCCUGGCGUACGAACCCUGGGAGUGGCAGCGGCUGCCGUUGCGGCAAUGGCUAUAUUUAGCUUCACGGCCCCACAAACCUAAAACAAAACCCAGCGUCAUAAAGCCCAAAUUUGAAUCCAUGUGUUCCCCUUCCACUAAAUUCCUCGAUUUUGUUUCGGUGAAAAUUUAAGCAGUACCUUCCCGUUAAAGAAAGCAACAAAGUCACAAACAAAAAUUGAAAAUGAGAGCAACAACGAAAUAAACAGGUAAAUAUUGU